AUGACCGCAUCUGAUCUACGUCAAAAAUUCCUUCAAGGUGAAACAACUGCAUUGAAUUUCAAUCAUCCAAAUAUUGUUAAACUUGUCGGUAUUGCUGUUCAAUCAUAUCCAAUUAUGAUUGUCAUGGAAUAUGUUCCAGGUGGUUCUCUUUUAAAUCAUUUACGUAAAUCGAAAAAUGCCCUGCCUGUUAUGAAAUUACUUAAAAUGAGUUUAGAUGCUGCCAGUGGAAUGAGUUAUUUAGAAAUGAAGAAUUGUAUUCACCGCGACUUAGCUGCAAGAAAUUGUUUAAUUACAGAUGAUGGUCAAUUGAAAAUAGCAGAUUUUGGAAUGUCUAGAGAAGAGCAUAUUUAUGAAUUAAGUGAUAAACGUGGUCAAAUUCCGAUAAAAUGGACUGCUCCUGAAGCUCUUCGUACAGGUCGUUAUACUAUUAAAUGUGAUGUUUGGUCAUAUGGGGUUCUUUUAUGGGAAAUAUUUACAUUCGGUGAUGUUCCAUACAGGAAUUGGUCAAAUCAACAGACAAGAGAUAUGAUUGAAUCAGGUUACCGAUUACCUGCGCCAGAUUUAAUGCCAUUAUGGUUACGUACACUGAUGAAUCGUUGUUGGAGUGAAGAACCUGAAAAACGUCCUAGUUUUGCUGAUAUAUCAAGUGAAAUUAAACUACCGAAUGCAAAUUCUUUUACACCAAAUCUACGCAGAUCUGCUGAUGCUCAUCAACAGAAUAAAUCUACCAAUAAUAAUGAUAAUAAUAAUCAUACUACUGAUAAUAAUAAUACUAACAGUAGUAUAGAUAGUAGCAGUAAUGAUAAUAAUCCUAUGAAUUCCUCAUCAAAUAAUUCUCGAUUGGCAAUAUCAGUGAAAGAUAAACGUAUCCGAGAGAAUUAA